AAGACGCCAACACGCGAGUCGUAGGUAUGUGUUAUAUUAUACUGCUGAUAUCUAAUUUCCAUCAAUAAAAUAUAAAUAUCAAUGUAUAAGGAAUUUGUGAAACUGUUCGACGAAUUAAGAAACGAAGGAGAAGGUUAUGUUACUCGGAAUACUUUGGGCAAAAUAUAUGAUGUCAACGACAAAGAUGAACUAGACUUAGUGUUGAAUAAUUUCGGAAUCACUUUCUAUGGCGAAAACGGUUUUCGUGAAACAAGAGUGCACCUAGAUAAAUUUAAGCAGGCUGCAAAGGCAGGCUUCAUACAUAGAUUUCCUAAAGAGGAAAUGCUAGUGUUAUUUUUCAAAAUCAUUGGACGUGGAAUACGGAAAAUCCAUAUUACUUACAGUGACCUGGUGAGUUAUUAUGGUCAAAGAGUUCUUAGAUCUCAAAUCGACAAUGUUAUGACCAAAUUCGGAAUAGAAAGCCCCAAUGGAAGUGAACGCCGAUUAAGUUUGUUGGGCUUUAGAAGAGCUGUGAACACUGGUGGUAUUCCAGCCUGGUUGUUAUGCAAUAAUUGUAAGGACAACGCUACUAAAAUGAUAAUCAUAAUUAAUAAAUUAUAUUUCAAAUAA